UGCUCGGAGAAUGGAACGGCAGAGUGUGUGAAAGACGCGAGAGCGUGAGAGAGUCUCUGACACAUCAACAGGAGAGAGUCUCCCCUUCAAAAGAAAGACUGAGAAGGAGAGAAAAAAGAGAGACCAAGAGAACGAACAAGACCUCAGAGCGCCGAAAGAGGUGACAACAGAGGCUGCUUCUUCAUUAAGAGGAUUCAGCGAGGGACUAAGAUCAGCGGCUCUGCUCCCCGAAGAUUGCUGUGCGAGUGUGCGCGAGUGCAUGAGAACUUCCUAAGGUCUCGCACACGCCCCCACCCUUCCAACCCAAAGCUUCAGAGGUCACUGCCCCCUUCUGCUGAGAUGAUCAGGGGGACCCUCCUGCUCCUGUGCCUGACAGGUCACGGGGUGCUUGCCAUGUUUUCCCAGCAGCCCCAGGACCUGGUAGUGGUAGCUGGUCAGCCUGUCACACUGCCAUGCUCAAUUCCUGGCUACCACGGUGUUGUGCUGUGGAUCAAAGAUGGCCUGGCUUUGGGUGUCGGAAGAGACCUAUCAGGUUACCCUCGCUACACCGUGGUUGGAGAUCACAGUACCGGGGAGCACCACCUGAGGAUCCAGAGAGUUGAGCUGAUGGACGAUGCUGUCUUUGAGUGCCAGGCCAUUCAGGCUGCCAUGCGGUCCCGUCCGGCCCGGCUAACAGUACUGGUUCCACCAGAAGACCCAGUGAUCGAAGGAGGCCCUGUUGUAAGUCUAAGAGCCGGAGACCCACUCAACCUGACCUGCCACGCUGACAAUGCUAAGCCUGCUGCCUCCAUUAUCUGGAUCCGAAAUGGGGAGGUGCUGAAUGGAGCCAUGUACUCUAAGACCCUUCUUCGGGAUGGGAGGAGGGAGAGUACAGUCAGCACCUUAUACAUUUCGCCGUCCAACAUUGAGACGGGGCAGAAGAUCAUCUGCCGGGCAUCCAACAAAGCCAUCCCCAAUGGCAAGGAAACCAGUGUCACCAUUGACAUUCAACACUUGCCACUUGUUAACCUCUCUGUGGAACCCCAGCCAGUUUUGGAGGGAAAUCUGGUGAAGUUUCACUGCUCUGCUAAAGCCAACCCACCAGUGACUCAGUACAGAUGGGCAAAAGGAGGCAAUGUGAUCAAGGAAGUGUCUGGAGACACCUAUGAAGUCAUUGUGGACCACUCCUUCUUCACCGAGGCUGUUUCUUGUGAGGUCACCAACCCUCUGGGCAGCACGAACAUCAGCCGCAAUGUGGACGUCUACUUUGGCCCACGGAUGGCUGCGGAGCCACAGUCCCUACAGGUGGACCUGGGCUCAGAUGCUGUGUUCAACUGCGCCUGGACAGGAAAUCCAUCUCUGACCAUAGUGUGGAUGAAGAGAGGAUCUGGAGUGGUGCUGAGCAAUGAGAACAUCCUCACUUUGAAGGCAGUGAGGCAAGAGGAUGCUGGGAAAUACGUUUGCCGAGCUGUGGUGCCUCGAGUUGGAGCUGGAGAAAAGGAAGUCUCACUUACGGUCAACGGCCCUCCGACCAUCUCCAGCACCCAGACGCACCAGGCCCCUCAUGGAGAGAAGGGCCAGAUCAAGUGUUUCAUCCGCAGCACCCCGCCUCCUGACCGCAUCGCCUGGUCGUGGAAGGAGACAGUCCUUGAGUCCGGAACAUCCGGCCGCUACACAGUCGAGACGGUCAGCACAGAAGAUGGCGUCCUGUCCACUCUAACCAUGAGCAACAUCGUCCCUGCAGACUUCCAGACCAUCUACAACUGCACGGCCUGGAACAGCUUCGGAUCCGACACUGAAAUAAUUCGCCUCAAGGAACAAGGUGGGACCCAAGAGUCGCUACCUGUUGCUGUAAUCAUUGGCGUGGCGGUGGGAGCCUUUGUAGCCUUCAUCGUCCUCAUUGGCACCAUAGGAGCCUUCUGCUGCACCCGCUCUCAGAGAAAAGACGCUCACCUGGUUAUGCCCUCCCUCCCUGCCUCCAUCUGUGCUCAGCAGAGAGAACUUGCAAGCAAAAUUAAGACAGAAAACCUCAAAGGCGUGGUGUCGGCAAAGAACGACAUUCGCGUGGAGAUCGUGCACAAAGACCACAACGCUGCACGAGAAAAUGAGGACCAUGCCGCCAUGAAGCAGCUGAUGAUCGAACGCGGAGAGUUCCAGCAGGAGUCUGUUCUGAAGCAGCUGGAGGUUCUGCAGGAGGAAGAGAAAGAAUACCAGCACAUUAAGGAUCCCACUAAUGGCUACUACAGUGUGAACACGUUCAAGGAGCACCAUGGCACCCCCACCAUCACCCUGGCCAGCAACCAGAAUGCGGCGGAACUGCGGCGGGACACGGCCAACACGGGCGGCAACACGGUGGGCAAACAGCGGGUCCCAACAGGAAUGUCCUUCACCAACAUCUACUCGACAUUGGGUGCUGGGCCCAACAGGCUGUACGACUACGGGCAACGCUUUGUGCUGGGCAUGGGCAGCAGCUCCAUCGAGCUGUGCGAGCGAGAGUUCCAGCGUGGCUCGCUGAGCGACUCCAGCUCCUUCCUGGAGGCACAGUGUGACAGCAGCGCUAGCAGCUAUAGCAAGCAGGAUGGCUACGUGCAGUUCGACAAGGACAGUAAGGCCUCGGCCUCCUCAUCCUCGCACUACUCGCAGUCAUCCUCGCAAAACUCGGACCUGACACGACCCCUGCAGAAGCGCAUGCAGACGCACGUGUGACGCCACCAUCCAGAGGACGAAGGACUCAUCAGGAACCAGAAGCACAUGACCUUUCGUUGUUUUCGUUUCCCUUUUUGUUUCUAUCUUCGAAGGAUGGCUUCAUCACAAGAACCUCCUCUGAUUUGUCAGCGUACUGUAUCCCAGCUUUAAAAGCCUUAUCGUUUUCAUAGCCCUACUUGAGUCUGAGAAUUCUUGACACUCUAUUCUGGGUGAUUCCUGAAAUGAAGAACCUUAAACCCUUAAAUGUUGGCGUGUCGCACUGAAGUAACGUUUGCCAAUGUAGACAGCGUAGGCUACCCUGAACUGAAAGGUAGUGCUGUCGACUGACGGCUUCUCUCUAGAGCUCCAAAGCAGGACAGAAUGCUGCCGGACCAACGAAAUGCAAGGAGAAUGACAUUACCAGGGCGCCCAAGAAGGAGGUCUAUGAAGUCUAAAUUGCUGUCAUGUCCUACAGAGCGCAAUGCCAUUGGCAGCUUCAGAAAGACAAUGGCUUUGUUCGCUUGUACUCUCUCAUACUCUCUUGUACUCCUGUACAGCGGAGUGGUCGAAGUAAAUCUGUAUGAUUUGUCAGUACCUCUCUUUUCUCCUUACCCCACAGCUAUCGCACUUACGUCUGUGUGGAUGGAAUACAACUUAUAAAAAAGAGAAGAAACAAAAAAAAAAAAAGAAGAGUUUGCCCACAGACUUAAUCACUGUCAGUCAGUAUAGUUGGAUUCCAGCCCUCUCGGCUCCUCCGAUAAGGGGUUGCAGAGAUCUCGGCUGGAAAAUGGUUUUGUGCGUUCACAGCUUGCCAUUCAGAGAUAAAAGAAUAUCACUGUACAUUAUUCAUUCUCUCUUUACGCCAGCCCCCCCCCCCACCCUUUUCAGUUCGAACAUUCUUUUUUCCCCCCUCUUUCAACUUGUUCAUUUGAUUUCACUGACUUUAUUAAGGACUUACACUGGAGGACGAAUGGAUGAUUUGUUCUUUUGUACUUUGCCUUGAGUGGAUUUAAAACAUGCAAAUGUUUCUGUUGUAAGUGAGGAAAAAGGGAUGUAUUUUUAUUAUCAUUAUUAUUAUUAUUACUAUUAUUAUUACUGCUAUAUUUGUGAAGAUAAUGCUAAAGUGUCGCGAUCACUGCAAGACAAAAACCAACUCUGUCUUGUUCCAGACGCUUAGGCUAUAGACCACCGGCGAUACGCUCCACACAGUUCUACCUGGCUCAGUGCCGCAAAUGCUCAUGUGUUUUUUAAGUCUUAGCACAAGGCUACAUUGUUUACAGUGGAAGCGAGUGACAGCUGAAGUAGUCCCUGCAGAUGACCCCUAACUGACAGCAGGUCGGAGAGAAGUGUCCCUUGUGUAUCUACAGCCAUUGGACUGUAUGGCAGUAUACCUGCUCACUGUUUUAAGUGAUCUGUCUGCAUACUUAAAUGUACAAUUCCUACAUAUGACAUUGCUUUAUUGAUUUCAUGUUUUGUAUUAUAUUUGCUUUUGUUCUUUUUAGUUGAGAGCACUUAAAGUUACUACUGAUAGCACUUGCGCAAAAACCCACUGUACAAAACAGCCACAAUCCAGAUAAACAGGGAAAGAAAUAAAGCUAAAAGCAGGAGAUACACAAAUGCAUGCUGCAUGCCAGAUGCGGGAAAAGCAGCAAAGUGAGCACCACAUUCGGUAAGAUUAGAGUCUCAUCUAUGAGAUAUGUAUAUGUAUUUGCUAUGCUGUUUUGACUCAGAGGCUGCAGGCAGGAGCAAUUUGAGCAGUUCCCGGGCUCGAUAAAGCUAAGUCGGGGACACCAGAUAAGGAUAAGGUCCACACGGGAGGUCGGAUUUCUGCUUUUUGGCAGCCGGCUGAACUCAUGUCUACGCUUAGAUUAGUCGCAAAAAUGUUGCAGAGGCCUAAAGGGAAACUUCCCCACAGAAGGAUGGGUUUUCACCUCCCCAUAAGCAUCUUAUGUUAAGCAUUCACAAUGCCAUAAACAGUCUAUGUAUUUUGUAGACUUAGAUAAUGACGCAUAGCUUUGCUGUCACAAGGAAGCCCAAAACAUGUCUAGGCUUUCUACUGUUUGGGCCUAAUUAUCAUAAAGCUUUAAGGUGUUUAGGCUUGUUUUUUUAAAAAGCUUCUAAAGCUAUAAAGAGCCUAGAGAGCUAAAGAGGACAGUUGGGUAUCACGUUAUGCAGAAAUAGAAGUAGAAGCAGAAGAAAUGAAAACACAUUUCCGUUGUUCCACUUAUUAGGAAGACAUUGACAGCAUUUUUCUUUCUGUCUCUCAGCAUGACUUCGCAUUCUGCCAUAAAGGCUCAGAUGGAAUGCAGAUGAGACUCUAGAGGCAAGGUGUCCUCGCACCAUCUGUGAAUGGCUUUUGAAUGGUAUUAUAAAUGCUUUAUGUCAGAAUGUUAUUGUAAAUCAUUACAGUCUGGAGUUCUUUCACUAGUGCCAGCUUUUAAAUUAUCUCUGUCUGUUCCGACAAAGCAUUCAUCAGAAGUUGAUUCAAGCUAUUAAUUCGAUCCUUUGUGGACUUUCUUGAAAAUCCACUGGGUUGGUUAUUUCCUUCCUGAAGUGAUCAACAUUCAAACUUUGUAAAGAUGAUCUCACUGCUGAGAUGUGAAGAAAUACAAUCUCAAAAAAAGUCGAUGAGGCCACCAACCUGUACAGAGUUUGGCUCUUUCUGGCUCCCAACAAAUCUGAUCAUUCUCUGGUUGGUGUUUGAAAAUCUUAUACAUAAAGGUGCCACAAAAGGGAUAUUUGGUGCAGUGCAGUAGAAAAAAACAGUUUUCUGUAGAACUUAAAAAAAUAUGAACUAUGUUUAAAAUGAGAUGUUGGAGGUUAAGAAGCUUUCAGGCAUUUAAAGAACCCCCAUGUGACGUUUCUAUUCCAACUGAAUGAUUUUCCUAGAAAUGUACAUCCAAGCCAAGAACCAUUUAGGAACCAUUGUUUUGAAAAGUGAACCCCACCCCAGCAAGUGCUCAUCAAAAAUCACCAACACACCAAUUGUCUUGUUCUCAAUCCCAUUUUUUGUUCCUUCUCUAUUGCCAUCUCAGGCAUUAACCGAUGGGUCUAAUCAAGUGUUUUUAAAGUGGAAAUAAAAAAAAAAAUAAAAUAAACAAAAACAGUUCCUUAUCUUGGCUAUGAUAGACAAUAAUUAUAUCAAUUAUAUCAGAUUGGCCAAGGAACGUGUAGAGUCGAUCUGCUGAAUUCUAAAGUCUAGAACAUCUUGAUCAACACCAAACAGAACAACCCCUCUCCUUCACCAAAGUAGGAGGACAAGUCUGGGCAUGACACGUGAAUCAACAGAUGCUCUAAGCACUUUACAGGCCAUUAUAUUUGCAACAUUUUAGUGGGCUUCAUACAUGAGUGCCAUUGAAUGGGUCUAAUUUCACAAAGAGAUUGGUGCCCACUGUGAGGCUUAAACACAACAAGGCCUGUUUCAGUGCUGAUAAUACAGCUCAGCGCACUUCAUGCACUGUACAUAAAUCCCUAAUGCUAUCUGUACAUAACUUUGCUGUUAUUUUCUUUUGUUCUUUUGCCGCUUCGGAUAUUAAAGGGCAAAAACUAAA